GCAAGUGCUUGUCACGUGACUAGAAACGGCGAAGCUCUUCUUUCCGCGAUCACUCGUGGAAAUGUCAACAGUCUUGACAUGUUGUUUACGAAGUGUUUGGAUUGCUAAAACAUGUUAUUAAUUUGAAUUAGCCUGUGAGAAAAACAGGGUAAACAUGGCAACAGUUGAGAAGAAGCCCAGAAAGCUUCCCAAUAUUCCACAGAAGGAAUCAUCAAAGGAUGAAGGACAGAAGGAUGAAGGUAAAGGUCGGGGUAAGGGUCGGGGCGGGGCUGCUGCUCCCUCAAAGGAUCCGCCCCCACCCAGUAGGAAACGUGAACUUCCACCCGUUAAACCAGCAGGGAGAAGAGUGCGAGAUACUAAGAGCAUGGUUGAAAUGUCCCGACAGUCACCGGUCGAGGUGUCAAAUAGGACGUCUUUAACGGCAACCAACAAUGCUAAGAGUUGCUUCUUUUACAUUGACAAUGAUUAUACCUUUCCACCUUUGAAAAUGGUCAUUCAUCCGAAAAAAUACAAAAGGUUGGAAACUGUGACGCGUGAUUUGUCUACUAGAAUGAAAGCUCUUCCAUUUGGUGUUCGUAGUAUAUACACUCCGCGUGGUCAACAUAGAGUUCAUAAUUUAGAAGAUCUCACUCAAGAUGGACACUAUAUUUGCUCGUCAAACCGUAAGUUUGCCAAAGGAAUGGAUGUUGCAAGAGUUUCUACCAAUCGAGUUUGGCAUAACAUUCGGCCCGACAGUGGGCGAAAAAACCUGAAUCAACUUCUCAAGGACAUUGAGCUCAGGAGUGCUAAGAACAGGGCCGGUUUUAGACCAGGCUAUGAUCUGUCAAACAUUUAUUCCCGCGUGCCACCAAAGAAAACAACUGUGAUGAAAAAUGGUGAACCUGAUACGAAACAUGUAGUGUUAUUAAAUAGGCGGACUGCUCAGACAUUUGAGCAGGUGUUGAAGACAUUAAGUGACCUUUUCCAGUUUGCCAUACGGAAGUUGUAUACAAUAGAAGGAGUUUUGAUUGACGGUCUCCAGAAGAUGAUGACAGGCCCAGAUGUGAUCGUGGCGGCGGGAUUGGAGCCAUUCAUUAAUCUCAGUAUGGACUACCAGGCACAGAAACGCACAAAGUCUCGCAUGGACACUAGCAUGGGUAGUAGGCUGAACAUCCAGACACGCAUGCAGACACGACGAGACAGGCUCUCUAAGACUAAGGGUCAUUGGAUCGUGACAACACGUACCAACGCCCUGCCAUCUGCCGGCACUCAGGCCCAGGUCACAAUCACAGUGUAUGGGGCCAAGGGCAACUCAGGGGCAAUGACUCUUGGGCAUGGUGAUGGCACGAACUUCCAGCCAGGACAGGAAGAUGAAUUUGAGAUUCAGGUUGGCAACGUGGGUGAGAUCUACAAGAUCCGUUUGGCUCAUGACAACUCUGGAGAUUUCCCAGGCUGGCUCUGUGAUGAGGUAAAGAUGCGUGAUGUGAACACGGGGGAGGAGCUGAGUUUCAGCUGUCGUCGCUGGUUGGCACGAGACGAAGACGAUCAGGAGAUCACGCGAGAACUGGCAGUGAAGAGACCUGGAGAGCCCAUACUGCCUCUGAUCAAGUAUCAGGUUGAUGUGAUCACUGGGGAUGUGUGGGGCGGGGGUACGGACGCCAACGUCUACAUCACUAUCUACGGGGACCGUGGGGACACAGGGGUACGGCAGCUGUAUGCUGAUACCAAAGGGGUCUACUUCAAACAGGGACAGAUUGACUCGUUUGAGGUUGAGGCAGUCUCACUGGGUCAUUUAAAGCGAAUCAUUAUCGGCCAUGACGGUACGGGGCCGGGGGCCGGAUGGUUCCUGGAUAAGGUUGUCAUACGGGAACCACCGUUCCGUACCAACCAGGAGUGCGUGUUCCAUUGUGGCAAGUGGCUGGACGAAGGGGAGGAUGAUGGGAAGAUUGUACGGGAACUCCGAAUACAGGACGAGUAUAUGGACGACAUUCUGGAGAAACGACAUUGGGAAUUUGAGAAGUGGAAGUAUGAGCAGGAUGGCCAGGUGAUCUUCUUUUCCAUGAUGACAGGCAAGGCCAUGCGACUCAAUCGUGACCUCUCUGUGGACGGCAUUGGGGAGGAGAGGGACAAAUACGCUGUGUUUGAUGUCCAUCCUAAGAAGUCUAUGCGGCCGAUGUUCUCAAGUGCAGCUACAGCAAACCAUUACCUCGCCAUCGACAAUGGCAGAAUCACCGGACUGGGUAAGGGUGGCCCGUACUGCGAGUUCCGGGUUCGAGUCCAGCAGGACCGCACGACGAUGUUUGAGUCUGUGAAGAACCCCCUCCAGUUCCUCACCAUAGGGGCCGAUGGGUUGCCAGGGGAGGUCAGGGGCAUACUUGAUAAGGAACCAGCACGACGCUUCCAUGUCUACGCAAAGGGAUGUUUCCGUCACAAGGGAGUAGUCAUGCUCUGUACAUCUCUCCUGCAAAGUAUCAAUGUUAACACGAAUGACAUGACACUGACUGGGCGUGGAAAGCGGGGCGGGCCUCAGUCUCAGUUCCGGGUUCACAAGGUCAACACCGGCGGGAUUCGCAUGUUUGAAAGUGUCGCCCAUCCAGGAAAGUUUAUUCGUCUGCGGGAUGGGAAGAUUGACUGCAAUCGUUUGGAUUUUGAGGGAGGUAAGUCAGAGGAGUCCCACUUCCUGGUAUUGAGACACAAGGACAAAGGCUACAUUACACUACAAUCUGCAGGGCAGAGGGGGCUCUUCAUUGGCAUGACAGCAGACGGCAGGGUGCACACAACCAUCGAUACUGGGGUCAGAAACAUAUGGCUCUACCCGGAGGUCAUUGAGUGGGGCAUGAAGAAGAUUGACAGCACAGACAUGGUGGAGGAGCAGGUGCUGCGCAGCGUGGGCAGGGACCUGGUACCACAACGCCAGCCGGAACCUGAGCCCGAGCCAGAGCCCACACCCACCCCUGAACCACCUGCCAAACAGUUUGCAGAUGAUAGAAAAGACAGCAUUCAUAGUGCCUUGGCUGAACAAAUUCAGGAGAUACCUGAUCAAACUGUGCCAUUGGUGGUGGAAGAUGGGGACUGGAGUAUCCAUGUGAGUACUCUGACAGACAUGGCGGACGGAGAUGUGGCGUUGAUAGCGUACGGAGACAAGGGCAACAGUGGACCCAUCGUGCUCGGGGCGCCACCUGGCAGGAAGAUAUUCCAGGAGGGAAAUGAGGACGAAUUCCGUGAGGAUUUCUAUGGGCAGGCCAACCUGUUGAAAAUAGGCAAGAUGUUCAAGAUACGCCUCGAGCUCAUCCCGAAGGUUUCUACCCGCAAUCCUAGCUGGCAGGUGAAGGAGGUGCGCAUGCAGGACUUGAACACCGAGGAGACGCUCAAGUUCAACUUCUCGCGCUGGCUGUCAAGGGAGGAGGACGAUGGGGAGAUCAUGAGAGAGAUGGCUGUGUCACGACCUGGGGAGUCCAGUCUGCCAUUGCGCCACUACAUUGUGAAUGUGUACACUGGGAAGGAGAUGGGGGCUGAGACUGACGCCCCUGUGUACAUCACAGUACACGGAGAGCACGGGGACUGGGGGAAGCGCUACCUCGUACACUCAAACAACAACAAGAAGUUCCGCACUGGACAGGUGGACGUGUUCUACAUUGAGGCAGUUUCCCUUGGCGACCUUCAGCGCUGUGUGAUUGGUCACGAUGGCACAGGUGCAGGCGAGGGGUGGUACCUCGAGCAGGUCGUCAUCCGUGAAGACGAAAACUCGCCGGAUGAGUUUGUGUUCCCUUGUAACAGGAAGAAGGUGGAUCAUUUCUGUUACAGGUGGCUGGACAGUGGUAUGGAGGACCGAAGGAUAGAGCGUGCCCUCAUGGUCAAGGAUAAAAAGAAAGCAGAAGAAAUUAAAGAAGAAAUAAAAGAUGGUAAAUAUGAGCUGGAGAUGGUCACGGGCCCCGAGAGUGAUCUGUUGAGCUCAUCAGGCCGGGUGCAGAUUGUGUUGUAUGGGGACUCCAAUGAGCCUGUGACCCACGACCUCUACAGCACUGACCCUGCAAAGAAGGUGUUUGAGCCCGGGAACAUUGAUAAGUUCACAAUUCCGCUGGGUGACCUUGGUGAGCUUUACAAGAUACGGAUCGGUCGUGAUGACACGGACAAGUGGAAGAGAUGGUUCCUCUCAGAGGUACGUCUGACAGAUCCAAGGAGCAAGGUGCCGAUGGUGUUCAGCUUCAAUCGGUGGCUGGCGCGAGACCUGGAUGAUGGUGACAUGUGCCGAGAACUUCCUGUCAUGCGUGUCGGAAAACACAUCCCUCUAUUGCUGCAGUACCAGGUAGAGAUUGUGACUGGUGACCAUUGGGCGGCCAGCACAGAUGCCAACAUGUACAUCACCCUGUAUGGUUCCCGCGGCGACAGUGGUCGACGUCUGCUGCACAACUGCACAAACAACCGAGUCAAGUUCCAAAGAGGACAGGUUGACAUAUUCAAGUUUGAAAUCGUUGACCUUGACACACUUUCUCACUUGACUUUGAGUCACGAUGGUCGAGGUCACGGUGCAGGCGUGUUCAUAGACAAGGUCGUUGUCUCAGAGACGGACACAGAGAGGUCACACAUGCUGCACGUUUUCCCGUGUGGUCGCUGGCUCGACACACAUGAGGAUGACUUCAGCACUGAGAGGACAUUGAAUAUGAUUGAUGUCAUAGACACCAAGAAGCCAGCUCCUCCAAAGGAAAACAAGAAAUCAAAUGGCAACUGGACCGUGACUGUGAAAACCAGCUCUGGUGACCGCACAGCCACCACGGCGCGCGCUCAUGUGACCGUGUACGGUACGAACGGAUGCUCAGGCAAGCUCCCACUCACGUCAGCGGACACUGCUGCUAACAGCUUCACACCCGGUGCCGAGUCACAGUUUCAGAUUCUUACUGGAGACAUUGGCCGUGUUACAAAGAUCCGCUUGGAACAUGACAACUCUGGAGCCCAGCCCGACUGGAAAGUGAACUAUGUAAAGAUGUGUGAUGUUGACACUGGUGAGGAUCUCAUGUUCUAUGUUGACCGAUGGCUUGCCAUCGACAAGGAUGAUGGCUCCAUCUGCAGAGAGCUGCCUGUGGUGCGGAAAGGGUCACCCUCCCUUCCUGUGCUGCGGUAUGUGAUAGCUGUGACAACAGGAAGUUACAAGGAUGCUGGAAUAGAAGGGUGUAUGGUCAAGGUCAACCUGAUUGGACCAGACGGCGACACUGGGCUGCAGGAACUAGCUGGCGCAGUUUCGAAACACCGACAGCUGUGGCAACCUGGACAGACAGACAUUUUCAUCUUAGAAGCUGUUUCCGUUGGAAAGAUAAAAAAAAUCGAACUAAACUACACAAAUAAAGAACAAGACUAG